AUGGUGGACUUCGGAGAUAUGCUGAGGGCUGCUGGAGACUUUGGAUUAUUUCAGAAGAUUCUACUCAUAGCCAUAUGGAUCCCCUUCCUUUUACUAUCGUUUAUCUUUGCCAGCGUAAUUUUUGUGGAAUCAGACCCGGAGCGCCACUGUAACACGGACUGGAUCCUGGGGGCCGGUCCCAACCUGACAGAAGAGGAGCAGCUGAACCUGACCGUUCCCCGGGAGCCAGACGGCUCCCUCAGCCGGUGUCUGAUGUACGCUCCGGUGAACUGGACCCUGGACUCCAUCCGCCUCCAUGGCCUGAACCACACCACCGCCUGCCGGGACGGAUGGGUGUACGACCAGACCCUGUACCAGGCCACCAUAGUCACCGAUUUUGAUCUAGUUUGUGACAAGGCGAACGUGGUGGAGGUGGCCCAAACGGUGUUGGGGGCCGGCAUUCUUAUCGGUUCGCUACUGUUCGGACCUUUAGGAGAAUCGUUUGGACGCAGACGGACCAUUCAGAUUCCAGUGAUGUUCCUUUUUAUAUUCACGGUCACAAGUGGCCUUAGUCCCAACUACUACUUAUAUCUGGCCUCCCAGUUUGGGGCGGGCGUGGGCUAUGGGGGCUCCCGGAUGAACGCCAUCGUGUUGAUGACUGAGUGGAUAGGGAUAACCAAGCGCUCCAUGGGCGCGUGUGGGGGCCAGUGGUCGGGGGCUGCCGGGCUGGCGUGUAUGGCGGGGAUCAUCUACCUAAUCCGUGAUUGGAGGCUGGCUCAGUUGGUCAUGGCGGCGCCGAUGGGCCUGGUUGCUGUCUACAUAUGGUUUAUACCAGAGUCGGCCCGCUGGCUGCUGGACAGGGGGAGGACAGAGGAGGCCAAAGAGUUGAUCCUCAAAGCAGCGGCCAUCAACAGACGCACCGUUCCACAAUCCCUAUUCGAAAAGAUUGCAGUGAAUAAGACUGUGGAGAAAGGGGGCAUAAGGGUCCUUAUCACAUCACCUGUGCUUCGAAAAAGCUUCCUGAUCUUAACAUUAUCAUGGUUUGCAGUGAACCUCACCUUUAACUGCCUCUCGUUUAACGUGGGGAAGUUUGGGCUGGACAUCUUCCUGACCCAGAUGCUGUUCGGACUCACAGAGUUACCGGCUCAUUUGCUGUGCUUCUGGCUGUUGGAGCUCGCAGGCAGGAAGUUAUCCCUGAUGUUCACCCUCCUGGUGGGGGGCCUAGUGUGCCUCAGCAUCCUGGCUGUUCCCGCAGGAAACGCCAUCGCUGUGACCGUGUUGGCCAUCCUGGCGCGGAUCCUUAUGAUCUUGGGUUCGAGCAUAUGCAGCGUUUACAUUCAGGAGCUGUUUCCCACGUCCGCGAGACAUACUGCAGCUGGACUAGGGAGCCUAGCGACUAGAGUGGCGGGGCUGUUGGCUCCCUCAGUCAACCUGCUGGCGCUAUACCACUGGUCCAUACCCAUCUCAGUGUUCAGCAGCAUCACCCUGGUGGGUGGAGCCCUCAUCUUCCUGCUCCCAGAGACGUGCGGGAGAGAGCUGGCAGACUCCACCGCACAGGCUGAGAUCCAGAGUGAUGGAGCCAAAAUGGCGAAGGGAAGAAGGGCUAUCACUGAUGAACACACUGCUGUUAUUAGCUCAAGCAAACUCUAGGCUCACGGCCACAUGACCACCACCACCUUCAAGAUCAAAUGAUCGUGUGUGUGUGUGUGUGUGUGUGUGUGUGUGUGUGUGUGUGUGUGUGUGUGUGUGUGUGUGUGUGUGUGUGUGUGUGUGUGUGUGUGUGUGUGUGUGUGUGUGUGUGCGUCUGUCUGUCUGUCUGUCUGUCUGUCUGUCUGUCUGUCUGUCUGUCUGUCUGUCUGUCUGUCUGUCUGUCUGUCUGUCUGUCUGUCUGUCUGUCUGUCUGCGUAUGUGCUUGUGCGCGUGUGUGAGUAGAUGACAGUGGAAAUAAGAUGGUUUUAAUUGUAGAUUUUAAAUUGUUAAUCUUGUGUGUGUCUUUUACAUCAUCUCCUUUAGCUAAAUGGGUAUUAUUGAGUUAAUUGUGUUUACCUGUUUCUCCAUGUUUUUUGUUUUUUUUCAGUUUGUUUGCUCUUGAAAUGGCUCAGCUUAUCUUGUGAUCAUUAUAUCGUGUCUUGUGAUUGUGUGAAUUCGAUCUUUCAUAAAGUCAAGCAUUCUGUUAAUUUAAUAUCUGAGUACAAAUCUUUGAUAGUUGCUUGAGAUCAGUGGUAUUGAUAUUUGGUGAAUGGUGAACUGAAGGUUCCCGUUUGCAGUUAAUGAGCGCACUGUUUACCGGCACCUGAGGAUUUACAGCAACCGGCAUGCCAGCAUGGCGUUUAAAAACAAUAACCACAACGUAGCUACCAGUGAAGCCAAUAGUUCAUACUCAUAUUUGAAAGAGUUUCAUGAGCAAACGAGUACUGAUUUGAACGGCAAAACGACAAACGCGGCAUGAAUUUUCUCGCAAUUCUGCAAAAACUGCUUUUCAUAUCGCCUCCCAAAGCAAAUGACCAAUUCAAAUCAGUUCAAGGCCAUAAAAAUUCCCAAUCUCCUAAAAUGACCAGUAUCAAAACCGUUCUGAAAUUCCAGAUCCUAUGGCCUCCAGGGACUCAAACGUAACGUGCGAGAACACCCCUUUGAAAGAAAAUAGGCAUAUCUCCUAAACAGUAAGUGGACAGCCAGAAUAUUAGCCCCAUGGGGGCGCUAAUAUAUGAAUAACUAUAAUUAUUCACUAAAAUGGCUUCAAUUCCUACCCAGAAUGUCCCAUUUGAGCGGAACCAACUUUGGGAUGGUUGAGGGCCAAGGCUCUAAUUGUUUGAGUGAGAUGAUUGCGAUUGUCGAAAAAAAUAUGUUUGCCAGAAGCAAAAAUUUGGAGAAAAAAAAAGGAGCCAAAAUGCAGGGUUAACUUUGUUAUAGUCACCAUAGGGGACGCUACAGACAACAGAUGAACAGUGCACCUUUAAUGCAGCCAUAUCCUACAGACUCUGACAUCUGUGGGCAUUCAUUUUAUUUAAUUUAUUGUGUCUUCUCAUAGCCUGAAUAUAUCAGAGGCCAAUUGUUUUGACGCAAUAAAAUGUAUGCAUGUCUCAAUAAACAUAUUUUAACAUAUUCUGUUUGACCACUUGACCACUUGCAUCAAAUUAGCUUUAUUGGGUUCUAUGCAGGGCGUAUAACCAUCUGGCAUACAGGGUAUUUGCCCUGUAUGCCAGAUGGCCGGUGGGCUGGCAGGCCUUUGUGACCGACAAGGUUUAAUUUGAUUUUAUUUAUUUUUUCUGGAGGUCCCUUCCCUCUUGGGCGUGCGGGCUGUCAACUUAACCUGAAAGGCCCAUUACCUGAGGGCCGAGGUCGCGCCCCUUGGGCCGCGGCUGUCAUCAGUCAAUCAGUCACGUCACUUAAAGAGAGAAAGAAACUCGAGAAUAAUGGAGAAGAAACAGAAAGUUCAAUUUGAGAGAAAGGGAGGUUUCCCAGGUGUGAUUGGAUCUCUUGAUGGCACUCACAUUCCGAUCAAAGGGCCAUCAACACAUAGUGAUUUGUUCAUUAACAGGAAGGGCUAUGCAAGUUUUCAGCUACAGGCUGUAUGUGACAGACAGUUGCGUUUUACUCAUAUACAGACUGGAAAUGCUGGAUCUGUACAUGACUCAAGAGUGUACCGUAACAGUGACCUAAAGGCCAUAUUGACAGCUCUUCCCCUCCCUCCCCAGUACCAUUUACUUGUUGAUUCUGCCUACCCCUUAGACACAAACCUGCAUGUCCCAUACAGAGACAAUGGACACUUAACUGAGCAUCAAAACCAUUACAACAAUGUACACAGCUCAACAAGGGUGCACAUUGUACGUGCCUUUGGACUCAAAUGCAAAUGCAAAAACUCCACUAUCUCGACAUGGUCCUACUUGAAACAAUACCAAAAGUAAUAGCCAGCACAUGUGUUCUACACAAUUUCAUUCUAAUCCAUGAGGGAGAGGAUGGGGCAGUAAUUUUGGAUGCAGAUGUUAUUGAUGAUGUCAUUCCCGCUGUAGAUGGGCCUAGGGUGGAACAGAGGAGAGUAGCACAGCAAAAGAGGGAGGAAAUUGCAGCAAGGUUAUAGGUCAAAAUAGGCUUAAUUGAGUUGAACUAUUAAUAAAUGAAUAACUAAGUUGUUAAGUAUAUUGUUUAUUGCGUUAAUUAUAUAUUGCAUGUGCAUCACAUAAAUGAAUAGAUUAUUAAUAAAUUAAUAGAAUAAGUUAAAUUACAAUGUUGACACAUUAUUGCUCAUUGCGCUCAGGCAUGCAAGCAAUGGCUGCUGUAAAUUGCCUUAAGAUUUUGUUUCUUUCUUUUUGAAAUGCAAUUGUUUCUUUCUGCAGCUUUAUAAUUUCGUCCAAUUUGUCAAGCUGCUACAGAUAAAUAUACUUUCCACUUCCUGCCAACGACUACCUCCUCGUCGGCUGGUGGCUGAUUAAACUCGUCUGCGGAUACAAAGAGGAAAUCGUUUCGGUCAAUAUGUAUAUUGCAGUGUAACAAACCUCAACUAUCUACACACCCUACAGUGGCAAAUGCAGUGAUAUAUUUCAAAAGGAACUUUGUUCUACAAGCCAGCUGCUAACUAGGAGCUACUUUUGUAGCCUUUUUUGUAGCACUUUUGUACACGACACACUGUUGUUAAAUAGUCUUCAUAUCACCCAUAACCGACUAUUACCUUUUCAGAAAAGGUAAUAGCUGGUUAUUAUAUUAUCAUUUUUAAUUAGUAGCAUUUAUUUAAAGCAGUUACAUUU